GUGUGUGUGUGUGUGUGCUGAUUCUCAUGUCUCUUCCUGAAAGAAAACAGGAAGCAGGUUUCAGUUGUUUUACAGAAGUGAAAUAAAUUUCAGAGCAACUUAUUCAACACAAAGGUUCAGAGGAGGAAAUAUAAAUAUUGUUUUAGCUGUGAAAUGGUGAAAGAUGGCGACUGUUGAAGAACUGCUUCUGAAGUCACUGGAGGACUUGGUCAAAGAUGAUCUUAAGAAGUUUCAGUGGCACUUAAAGAAACAUAAGUGUAUAUCAUCGUCUGAAAUGGAGGAUGCAGAUCGGUUAAAAACAGUGGAUAAACUGGUGGCGUGUUUUGGACCAGAAGAAGCUGUGAAGAUCACGGUCGGCAUCCUGAGGAAGAUCAGCAAGAAUGAUCUGGCUGAACAGCUGGAGAAAGAACACAAGCAAGGCUCUGCUGCAGAGGACAAUAAAGCUACUCAUAAUGAUUACACAAAGAUCUUGAAGGACAAGUUAAAACAGCAAUGUGAGCGGAUAUUUGUUGGUAAUUCACAGACGGGUCAUAAUAAAUACCUGGACGAUAUUUACUCUGAUUUAUAUGUGGUGGAGAAUCAGACUGGAGGAAGAACGAAUGAACACGAGGUGAGACAGAUCGAAUCAAAUCACAACAGACUGACUGCCAAGGACACGCCGAUCCAGUGUAAUGACAUGUUCAAAGACCAUAUGGGUCGACAAAACAGAAAAGUGUUGACAGUGGGGAUUGCAGGAGUGGGAAAAACUGUCUCUGUUAAUAAAUUCAUCCUUGACUGGGCUAAAGGAAAAGAAAAUCAAGAUACAGUCUUCAUUUUUCCACUCCCAUUCCGUGAACUGAAUUUGAUUAAAGAGGAGUACAGUCUCAUGGGAUUGCUUAACACAUACUGCUUUAGUGGCUUUAAAGGGCUGACAUCUCUUCCUGAAGAUGGCAAUAAGGUCAUGUUCAUCUUUGAUGGGCUGGAUGAAUGUCGCUUCCCUCUGAGCUUUGAAGAGGGUGACAGUUUUACAGAUGUUAAUAAGAAAACAACAGUGAGUAAGAUAGUUACAGCCCUAAUCAAGAGACAUCUGGUUCCCUCUGCUCUCAUCUGGAUCACAUCCAGACCAGCAGCAGCCAGUCUGAUACCCCGAGAAUACAUUGAUCAGAUGACAGAGAUACGAGGAUUCAAUGAUGAGCAGAAAGAGGAGUACUUUAUCAGAAACAGCAGUCCUGAGGUUGCUGAAAACAUCAUCUGUCACAUCAGAAAAUUCAGAAGUCUGUACAUCAUGUGUCACAUCCCGAUCUUCUGCUGGAUCUCUCUCACUGUUCUUCAGCCUCUGCUGGUUCAAGAGAGCAAUGACAAAACACCUACAACCCUCACAGGGAUGUACACAAACUUUUUACUUUCUCAGAAACAGCAGAUGAAAAUAAAAUAUUGCAAGGAUCCUAAAACUAAGGCUGAAGUCAUGCCUUUUGAUGAUAUUAUUCUGAAGCUUGGGAAACUGGCCUUUAAACAACUACAGAAAGGUAAUCUGAUUUUCUACAAAGAAGAUCUUGAGGAGUGUGGACUAAAUGUCAAUGAGGGUUCUGUGUACUCUGGGUUAUGCACUCGGAUGUUUCAGGAGGAAAAAUCUAUGUCAGAGAGAAAUGUUUACAGCUUCAUACAUCUCAGCAUCCAGGAAUUACUUGCUGCUCUCUAUGUGUUUUUCAUUAACAAAAACAAGAAAGCAAACCCAUUUCUCGAAUCCUGGAAAAAACUGUCAUGUAUCCUGUCCACAAAGCCACUGUUUGAUCUUCAUAAAGCUGCAGUCAAUGAGGCUUUACAAAGUGAGAAUGGACACCUGGACCUCUUCCUCCGAUUCCUCCUGGGUCUUUCAUUGGAGUCCAACCAGAGAGACCUGAAGGAACUACUGCCAGGAUUGGAGCUCAAAACAGAGGACACCAAAGACACUACUGACUAUAUCAAAAAGAAAAUAGAGAUGGAGCAAUCAACAGAGAGGACCAUCAAUCUAUUUUACUGUCUGAAUGAACUGAAAGAUGACUUUGUGGAGGAAAUCGAGAAGAAUCUGGGCUCUGGAAAACUUUCGGAGCAGAAUCUCUCCUCUGCUCAGUGGUCAGCUCUGGUGUUUGUGCUCCUCAUGUCAGAAGAGACUCAAGAGAAGUUUGAACUGAAGAAAUACAGAAGAUCUGAUGAAGCACUGAUGAGACUGCUGCCAGUAAUCAAAAACACCAGAAGAGCACUUCUACAGUGCUGUGAUCUCACUGCUCAGUCUUGUGAGAGUUUGUCUUCAACUCUACGGUCGUCAAACUCCUUUCUGAGAGAACUGGACCUGAGUGACAAUGAUCUGCAGGAUUCUGGAGUGAAGCUUCUUUCUGAUGGACUGAAGAGUCCAAACUGUCAGCUGGAGAUUCUGAGGCUACAGAGCUGUAAUCUCACUGCUCAGUCUUGUGAGAGUUUGUCAUCAGCUUUACAAUCAUCAAACUCCUUUCUAAGAGAGCUGGACCUGAGUAACAAUGACCUGCUGGAUUCUGGAGUGAAGCUUCUUUCUGAUGGACUGAAGACCCCAAACUGUCAGCUGGAGAUUCUGAGGCUGUCUGGCUGUAUGGUGACAGAGGAGGGAUGCUGUUAUAUGUCUUCAGCUCUAACUGCACAGCCCUCACCCUUGAGAGAGCUGGAUCUAAGCUAUAAUCACCCUGGAGAUUCAGGAGUCAAACUGCUCUCUGAAAAACUGGAAAAAUUCAAUGUGGAUCAUGCAGGAGAAACAAGGAUUACAGCAGGACUAAAGAAAUGGGUCUGUUUUCUCACACUGGAUCCAAACACAGCAAACACUGAACUCAUUCUGUCUGAGGAAAACAGAAAGGCGACAGGUGUGAAAAAAAAUCAGUCAUAUCCUGAUCAUCCAGACAGAUUUGAUUAUUAUCCUCAGGUGUUGUGUAGAGAGAGUGUGUGUGGACGCUGUUACUGGGAGAUUGACUGGAGUGGACAUGUGGAGAUAUCAGUGUCAUAUAAGAGCAUCAUCAGGAAGAGACAGGGUGAUAAAUCUGUGUUUGGAUUUAAUGAUCAGUCCUGGAGUUUGUUCUGCUCUCGAUCCAGUUACUCAUUCAAACACAAUAACAAAUACACUGUUCUCCAUGUGAACGCCUCCAGCAGAAGAACAGGAGUGUAUGUAGAUCACAGAGCAGGAACUCUGUCCUUCUACAGCGUCUCUCACACAAUGAGCCUCAUCCACACAGUCCAGACCACAUUCACUCAGCCACUCUAUCCUGGGUUUACGGUUUAUCCUGGAUCAUCAGUGAAACUGUGUUGAUGAAUCAGAUGAAACUGAUGAGAGUUUCUACCCAUAAUUCUUUGAGCUGCAUGAUAAAUCAGUAACAGUAAGAUGUUAUAUGUCUUAAUAUCUCUUCAUGAAAUUAAUACUGCAGCUGAACUGCUGUCACCGAAAUACAGUAGGUCGACAUCCAAAAUUGGUAUUACCACCAUGGGGCCGCUGCGUUAUCUGCAAGUCAGAUAAAAUCAUGUGUUUUCAUUUCAGUUCAUUUUUGGAAUAAAACAAAAUCAGGUUCCAUAUGCAGAGAGAAAAGAGAACGGUCCAGCAUUUUUGAAUUAUGCCUUUACUGUGUGAACAAAAGUGGAGUAUUUUCUGUUUCAGUUGGCUUAUCGCACUGGUGCCUAUGCACAUAUUCAUUAGAAACAGCAGUCAUUAACCGAGCCAUUCGGCAUGAGCAGCGGUCCACUUUGGCAUAUUGCUAAUUUUGAUUUUUUUCCAUCGAUACUGAAAAACGAGUGAACUACAAAGCUUGUUUUACCUCAUGAAUAAUAGUUAAGCUUCAAAUGGGCAAUAUCACGAAUAUGGAAACGGAUUUCUCCCGAGUGAGAGAAUGAGAGAACCCAACCUUAACUUAUGCUUAGCUUUAAAUUAUUAUUUUUGUCUGAUUAUAGCUAAGCCUAUAUUAUUAUAUACUGCCAUUAUAUUUAUCCAUUAGAAUUAUAUAUUUUUAAUUCUUGUUUUGUUCUGAUAAUUUUUUUUAAUUUAAAGGAUUUGUUGUGAAGUGAAGGGAACUAAAAAUAUCCUGUUGGUACAUUAGUCUAUAGCAUUAUUAGGCCAGCCAUUAUUAUUUCUAAAUGUAAUAAAAAUGCAACUGAUGCAUGACUUAUAUAUAUUUUUCCUCUCACAAACAUAAUUUAUUUUUUAGCCAAUUUGUUUUUUGUUUUUGUUUUAGCAAAAAUAGGUGAUUAAUCCCAUAAAACUCAACUUAUACAUGACUUAUAGGCUAUAUUUUUUUAGUCUCAAAAAUUUAUUUAAAACUUAUUUAAACUUAUUUACACGUGUUUAAAAAAAAUUAGCAAAUUAAAAAAAAAAUUUACUUUGGGUUAACAGUAAUUUUAAUUGUUAUAUACUUAGGAACAGAGUCUGGGCCUAUCCAGGCUAUCCAUUUUUUUUAUUUUAUUUUUUUUUUUGCAUCUGAAAAUGACUUCACGUGCUCUGGCGCAGAUCCACCUUCCGGUUGCUCAGAUGUUGACGAUUUAAAAAUGUUUGAUAUUAAGGUUACUGUCCCAUUUUAUACAGGAUUGUUCAUAAAAAAAAUUAUAUUGUUUGUUCUAAUUGUAUUGUUAACACAAGUUCAUUUAAGAUAUUUCACAUGCACUGUAACAUUUUACCCUUUAUAACUUAUAAACUCCUUGAGAUUUUAAAGUCAGUUUAAUAGUAUUGGGGUUGGGUAAGGGAUGAUCCAACAACUGAAGGUCUAUGAAACCUGCAGUGCCAUCGAGCAGCCGUAGCAGUCGGGCGCCGGGGAUGUUCGAGGCGGUGGGCUGGAGUGAGUUGCCGGGGACAGACUAUCACAUUGUCUGGGUGGUGUUCCCUGGGGUUCCACUAGGUGUCCUCCUUCCCACGGUGUCUGUCACCUUAUCAACUUCCUGUUCCCUUAUUUGGUCACCUUCCUCCUUGUUUGAGUUAAUUGCCCUUCCGAAAAUUAACCAUGGUUUUACUACAAAUAAAACCAAAAAACCAUGGUUACUGUAGUUAAACCAUGGUAACCACAAAUUAACCAUGGUUUUGCUAUAUUAACCAUAGUUUAACCAUGGUAUUUGUUGUAAAUCUGUGGUUUUACAAAUGGCAGUCAAUACGCCAAAAAACCAUGGGUUACUACAGUUUUACUAUAAUAAAACCAUGGUUAUUUUUCGUAAGGGUGAUUGUUCCCCCCCUGUCUCCAGUUCCCUCAUCACCUUCUGUGUAUUUAUACCCGGUCUGUCUGAGUCUGUGUUACGGAGUCCUUGUCUUAUGUUAAUGCUAAUCCGUAGUCUUGCUUUUGUAGUGUGUUCUUGUCUGUUUUCUUGUUUAUUUGAAUACUCUGGUUUUGACCCUGCCUGGACUGUUUACCCCUUUGGAUUUGCCUUUUAAUAAAAUCUCACACCUGCACUUGGAUCUCUCUUUGUUUCCUGUAUCACCGAACGUGACAGAAAGACUCCGUCACACUAGGAACCAGCGGUAUGUCAUUUUUCCAUUCCCCAGCCAAGAUGGCGGAGCGGCGAACCAAGUAUCUUCGGUUGACCACCCUCCGCCAAGAGGGCAAUGAAGUGGGUGCCCUGGCUCAGGUGUUCUGGUCCCUGGCCGAGGCCAUGGUCUAUAACGAUGUGGCCCUUAAGGACUAUUUCAAUGGCGGGCUGGAUGAUCCAGUGUCUCAGGAGGAGAUGGCGCAGUUAGAGACACUGGGAUUCUGGGAAUUUGUGCGCUACCUGCAGCAUCGACUUCCGUGGGGUGCCCCAGCCACUCCGGUCUCUUCCGUUGGGGUGGUCGUCAGCCCAGCACCACUGACCAGGAUGGCUACCAGCCAACAGCUGACCCUCUGGAGUCGAGUCAGGUUCCAGUGAACUCUCCAGAGUCGAGUCAGGUUCCAGUUGACCCUCCAGAGUCGAGUCAGGUUCCAGUGAACUCUCCGGGGUCGAGUCAGGUUCCAGUGAACUCUCCGGAGUCGAGUCAGGUUCCAGUUGACCCUCCGGAGUCGAGUCAGGUUCCAGUGAACUCUCCGGAGUCGAGUCAGGUUCCAGUUGACCCUCCGGAGUCGAGUCAGGUUCCAGUGAACUCUCCGGAGUCGAGUCAGGUUCCAGUGAACUCUCCGGAGUCGAGUCAGGUUCCAGUGAACUCUCCGGAGUCGAGUCAGGUUCCGGUGGACUCACCAGAGUCGAGUCAGGUUCCAGUGAACUCUCCAGAGUCAAGGCUAGUCACUGCUGACCUUCCUGAGUCAGGUCUAGUCACCGCUGACCCUCCAGAGUCAGGCCUAUGCACAACUGACCCUCCAGAGUCAGGGCUAGUCACCACUGACCCUCCAGAGUCAGGGCUAAAUGAUCUUAGAGUGUCAUAACCGGACA